AUGAAUUGAACUCUAAUUCGUUUUCUACACGAAUUCUGAUUGAACGUGUUAAAGAAACAUAAAAACAGAAAACUGAUUGCUGUUUUAAAAAAGUUUAUUAAUUUUUCAUUAACCAUAAAGGGUUACUUGCAAAUUAUAUAAAUAGUAGAGUAACCAGUGGUAAAAUAAGUAAUUUAAUUCUCCGAAAAGUCGUUCAUAUUUAUAUGAAUAUUCGAAGUUGGUGCAUAAUCGGGUGCAGAAGCAAAAACAUAAUAGCAACAACUCUAGCAUCAAGUAUUGCCGAUCAGCCGUCGGGGUGUGUACGUUUGUGCUGCCUGCUGCCAUUUUUCUGUGUGUAUAUUUGUUGUUGGUCGCCUUGUGUUGCUCGAAGUUCGUUGGUUCGACAUUCCAAGAAAAAAUCAGGCCACACCUAAUCAACCCUAUACCUAUAAUAAACAAUAUCCAAAAACGGCUUAGACGAAAUAAUUGUUUACUUGGGAUCUCUAUCCGUUGAAUUUAAUCGAAAGGCGUGUUUUUACAAUACUUGAAAACGAAAAUCGAUUUCGUUUUCGGGCUCGUGUUCUGUGAAAAGUUCGCUGGCACGUCAGCCCAUUCAGUAAAAGACGGAGAAAAGCUAAAAUAUAUCAAAAAUAUGGAGAAAUUAAAAAUAAAAACUAUUGGCGUACUCCGUGAACGCGAAGGUGUUGCAAAUGAUAAUGGUAAUGCCGUGUGUCGUGUGAUGACUCUUUCAACUGCAAUUACAGACAGUGCUGUUGGAAGUGUUGCUAUUGUCGGACAAGGUGAAGAUGUGAAAGACGACGGCGGUGGAGGGGGUGGCAAUUAUGCACCAACCAACCGAAACACUACUGCAUCAGCACUUACUCGACAAUUACCAAAAAUGUCUGCUUUGGAUUUGGCCGGUAUAUUGAAUUGUAAACGACGAUUGGAAUGGACAAAAGAAUGGCUGAAAAAGAAUCAAGCUGAGCUAUUGAGCAAAGAAAACCUACGGAAAGAGAUACUAUUCCGAAGUAAUGAAAUAUACCACUUCAAUUGCUUCUUCAACAUAACGGAAAGACAGUUUCGCUAUUUGGUGAAUAAACUAUCACCAGUUAUAAGUUCCUAUGAACCUCAUCGAAAGAAGAAAUCAUUCAGUGCAGAAGAGCGAAUCGCUAUUACGCUUAAGUAUUUGGCAACGGGUGAAGUACAUUCGUGUCGUAACUAUUGCUUCCGUGCCUCGAAACCUGUGAUACUAAAAAUGAUAGCCAACAUAUGCCUCAAUAUAUACGAAUUACUCAAGGAUCCAUUUGUAUCACUACCAAAGACUGAUGAGCAAUGGCAAAAUGUGGCGAACGAGUUUCAGAGAAAACACCGUAUGCUGAAUUGCGCUGGGAAUUUGUCCAUGCAACAAAUCAGGUUCCAUUCUUCUUCGCGGGCCGAGGAGCAAAUAGACUUUAUCAACAAACAACCACUCAUAUUCACAUCAAUAGUAGAUAUUAAUGAUAACUUCCUGUACAUCGAUAUCGAAAAAACUGAAGCGGAAGCUUCCGAUGAAAUCUAUGAGAAAUCCACAUUUAGACAGUUAGUUGAAAAUGACGAGGUUAAACUGCCAGUGAGUUACGAAGCACAAGAUGACAUUAGUCAAUCAUACUAUUUUGCAAGUAAAUGUGGUUUGCCCUUGAAGCCUUAUCUCCUCAGCGGACCGACCGAUGUGCCAAAUAACUCGCGAGUUAAUUACAAUAAUAUCAUGAAUAUGGUUAAUAAGCAUACCGAAAAUGCAUUACGAAUGCUAGCUAAUAUAUUUCCCAUAUUAUCGCAACCACUGCGGAUUGAUGAGGAGAACGGUCGUAAAAUGAUUCUCGGCUGUGUGACGUUGUAUAACUUCCUCCGAAAAACAGAUCGUGGAUUCUUCACACAAACGAAAAAUAUUGCAUUACGAAAUGAUUGGGUGGACGACGAUUGUAUACUGAUAGCAAGUGAGGAGGAGCAUGGUUUUAACGAAGACUACACACCAAAAGUUACAAUGACCAAUUGCUUUCAAAAUUUACAUAACCAGAAGGGCGACUCACAAUUGGGCGCAGCCAAGAGAGAUCAUAUAAUUAAAAGUUUAGAAGAAAUAUGUGGAAAUAUACAGUAAGGAAAUACACUAAACCCAAAACAGACAUAGUAGUAGUGAUGCGUAUGCGACAACGCAAACGAAGACUACGCAAAGAUGUGAUUCCACUAAAAUAAAAAUAAAAGACGGUAGAAUAUUACUUCUAUAGUUUUUGUCUUGAUUUGAUAUGCAGCAUUGUAAUGGAGGAUUAGCCUACGGAUUACACAUACAUACAUACAUCCAAAUACUAAUAGCUCGAAUCUAAAUGUGUAAUAUACGAGUAAAAUGUGUGUGAAAAUCAGCUGCUUUGUACAUAGUUUGCCAUUUGAAUGUAACUACAAUUUAAUUUAUUUCGUAAGCAGGCAAUUUCACUUUCAGCACCUUUAGAAAAUAUGUACAUACAUAUGCAUAUAUAUAUAUAUAUGUUUGUUGAGGUACAUAUAAUUUUAUGUAAGAAACCGUUAUAAGAAACGGUAGGUUUUUUUUCUUUUCUUUUGUUAUAAUUAAGUAAUGCCAAGAUGUACGCAAUUACAUACAUUUACUGAAUUUUCCAAUAGAACUGUGAGAUUUAAUUUAAAAUAAAACACUGGCAAUAAUUCGCAUGAAACUGA